CUUUCUUCCCUCCUUCAAGACCCUCCAACGAUGGCAAACGUCGUAUCUUCAUUUCUUGCCACGAAUUCUAGACGUCGUAUAUUCUUGCUAUUAAUACCUCUAAUUCUAGCAAUCCACUUCCUCUUCGGGGCCCUCUCGCACGACUACCAGCCACUCAGAGAAUAUGCCGUCUCAGCAGCAGAAAAGUUCCUAUCAACGCCAAAUGCACGGGCGAACGCGACGUUGUUGAUGCUAUGCAGGAACAGUGAGCUGGAAGGGGUGCUGUCCAGUGUGCGGCAGAUCGAGGAUAGGUUUAACCGAAAGUUCAACUAUCCGUGGAUAUUCUUGAACGACGAGCCAUUUACGGACGAGUUCAAGCAGAGAGUCUCGAUAUUGGCCAGCGGCACAGUGCAAUUUGGGACAAUCCCUGAAGAACACUGGAAACAACCAGAUUGGAUUGACGAGAAGAAGGCUGCGGCGGCGAGGGCGAAGAUGAAAUCCCAGAGGGUGCCCUAUGCAGACAGCGUGUCAUACCGGAAUAUGUGUCGGUGGAAUUCAGGCUUCUUCUACAAACACGAGCUUUUGCAACCUUAUCGCUACUAUUGGAGAGUCGAACCUGACGUACAAUACUACUGCGACCUCAACUAUGAUCCCUUUGUGUUCAUGCGCGAUAACAACAAGGUUUAUGCGUUUACGAUCUCUUUAAUUGAAAUCCCGGCCAGCGUCCCGACGCUAUGGGAUACUGUGAAAGAAUUUAUGAAAGAAUACCCCCAGUACAUCCACCCCAACAACACCAUCAGCUUCGUCUCAGAUAACGGUGGAGAGGACUACAACCACUGCCAUUAUUGGAGCAACUUCGAAAUUGCGGACAUGGACUUUUACCGAGGCGAAGCAUACACGAAAUUCUUCGACUUCCUGGAGGCUAAAGGCGGUUUCUACUACGAGCGAUGGGGCGACGCACCAGUCCACAGCAUCGCCGUAUCCCUAUUCACCUCGAAGAAACAGCUCCACUACUUCCGCGACAUCGGCUACAAGCACGACUCGUUCGGACACUGCCCAAAGGGCUCUGAAUGGUCAAGUGGGAAAUGUACUUGCAAACCUGAUGAAUCCUUCAACAAGGGCGGCCACUCGUGUACUUGGGGAUGGAUACACCUCGUGCAUUGACGACUU